UGUAACUAUGCAUGUUAAAGUGUGAGUUCUAAGAAGACAGGUGUGAAAAUACUGUGCCCUGUAGUAACUAACUACUUACAUUUCUUUAAAGCUAGAACUGGAUGGUGAGCGAGUUGAGCUUCCUAAUCUGGAAGGUAUUAUCGUUCUGAACAUAGGAUACUGGGGCGGCGGCUGCAGGCUGUGGGAAGGGAUGGGAGAUGAGACCUACCCUCUCGCCAGGCAUGAUGAUGGGUUGCUGGAAGUCGUUGGAGUAUAUGGGUCUUUCCACUGUGCUCAGAUCCAGGUGAAACUGGCUAACCCGUUUCGAAUAGGACAAGCACAUACAGUGCGGCUCAUUUUGAAGUGCUCAAUGAUGCCAAUGCAGGUGGAUGGGGAACCGUGGGCCCAAGGGCCCUGCACCGUCACCAUAACGCACAAGACACAUGCUUCAAUGUUGUACUUCUCUGGAGAGCAAUCAGAUGAUGACAUCUCAAGUGCUUCAGAUCAAGAGGACAUAAGGGAAGCUGAGUAGAAGGAUAAGAUGAAACAGCUUCUGCACAAGCCAGUAGAAAUGUUUGUCCAAAGAAGUUCUCUGUCAGCUCUCCAGUUUUAAUUUCACUCAGUGUAAUGGGUGUAUGAUUAUGUAAAUAGCAUUCCCAAACAGCCAGACUUCGGUUACUACUAACUAUAAAAAACACAGAAGUUACAUGAAGAUGAAAUGUUUUCAUGGCUGGUUUUUUUGCUACUGGGACUGACAUUGAAGUAUGUGCUGUCUCAGUCUUUCUUCUUGAUUGACACAUGAUGGACAGGAUGUGGGUGAAAAGCCAUCUCCCUCUUAGUUUUUGAUGUGGUGCCAACAUACCAUUUUAAAAAUCACCUU